GCCGCCGAGAUCGAAUCGAAUCAGAGACCUCAUCGCAGCAGCAGCAGCGUCGUCGUCGUCGUCGUCGAGCAGUACUAGCACGUGCGUGCGUCGAUCAUGAGGUUCGUGGCGGCGUACCUGAUGGCCACCAUGGGCGGCAACCCGAGCCCCAGCAAGGACGACGUGCGCGCCAUCCUCGCCUCCGUCGGCGCCGACGUCGUCGGCGACCGCGACGCCAACGCCAAGCUCGACCUCCUCUUCGCGCAGGUCGCCGGCAAGGACGUCGCCGAGCUCAUCGCCGUCGGGAGCGAGAAGUUCGCCUUCGCGCCAUGCGGUGGCGCAGCCGCCGCCGCCGCCGCUCCGUCGGCCGGCGCCGCGGCGGAGGAGAAGGAGAAGGAGGAGGAGGAGGAGGAGGAGGAGGAGAAGGCUGUGGAGAAGGUGGAGGAGGAGGACGACGACGACGAUAUUGUGUUCUCCCUCUUCGACGAGGAGUAAAUUAAAGCUAGCGUCGCGUCUUCGUCUCCGAUCAGCCGUACGUGCAUGCAUGAGUGGCUAAAGUCUAUAAAUAAAUACGUAUUUAGCAUCGCCUUUAUGCAAUACGCAUGCAUCAAGGCAUAAGUAUGCAUAUAUACGUUAAUAGUAGUAGCAGUAAGGUAGUAUGCAUUUAGCUUUGUGUCUAUAUAUAUAAUGGAUCGAUG